CAAUUGGAACACCCACAGUACUGUGGACAGUAAUGGGAACACCCACAGUACUGUGGACAGUAAUGGGAACACCCACAGUACUGUGGACAGUAAUGGGAACACCCACUGUACUGUGGACAGUAAUGGGAACACCCACAGUACUGUGGACAGCAAUGGGAACACCCACAGUACUGAGGACAGUAAUGGGUACACCCACAGUGCUGUGGACAGCAAUGGGAACACCCACAGUGCUGUGGACAGCAAUGGGAACACCCACAGUACUGUGGACAGUAAUGGGAACACCCACAGUACUGUGGACAGUAAUGGGAACACCCACAGUGCUGUGGACAGUAAUGGGAAAACCCACAGUGCUGUGGACAGUAAUGGGAACACCCACCGUACUGUGGACAGUAAUGGGAACACCCACAGUACUGUGGACAGUAAUGGGAACACCCACAGUACUGUGGACAGUAAUGGGAACACCCACUGUACUGUGGACAGUAAUGGGAACACCCACAGUACUGUGGACAGCAAUGGGAACACCCACAGUACUGUGGACAGCAAUGGGAACACCCACAGUACUGUGGACAGUAAUGGGAACACCCACCGUACUGUGGACAGUAAUGGGAACACCCACAGUACUGUGGACAGUAAUGGGAACACCCACAGUACUGUGGACAGUAAUGGGAACACCCACAGUACUGUGGACAGUAAUGGGAACACCCACAGUACUGUGGACAGUAAUGGGAACACCCACAGUCUGUGGACA